CAAUAACAUAUCUGCAAGAAUUUCCUUUGCUUUUUGCUUUUAAGAUAGUCUCACUGUUCUAUCUAAUCAAUCCCACACACCCCUUCAGUCCAAAUCACUGAAUAAAUAGCAUUAAAUUUCCUUUUUGUUCACCUAAAAUCAAAAGAUUUGCACAUUUAAGACUGUCUUUUGUUUCGAAUUAUUUUAUUCAUUUCACAGUGUCCACAUAUGCAUCUGGGAAGGUCUGGCCUUAUGUUUUGGACUUUUUGUAUUUUUCUGGUAAAUCGCACAGUAUGGUAGUAACAUGCUUCAGUUACAGCUGGAUAAAGAUUUUGAAGCUAAUCUUGAACGAAUUUGGUGUGAAGAAGCUAAAAUUCAUUUCCAUAUAGGCAAAUAGAAUUUCGUAGGGAUCAGUUACAAUCCCAGAUCUCAAGACUCUUAAGAAUUUCAGGCUCAGUUUUCUGCUCUUUCUCAAGAAAUUGCCCUUCAUUUUCUUGGAUUUUCUCCUGUCUAUUUUAGCAUAAUUCUUUGUAAUUGUGCAAGACUGCAAAUUUAUCAUCUGGGCUCUGUUUUAUCUCAAGUUUAUGCACUCUUUGAGCUCAAAAGUGGAAUUUUGAGCUUCUUGUGGAGAAAAAUAAGAUUUCUCUAUAGGGUAAUCAGAAAAUGUGGAGGCGGUUAAUUCAUGUGAGAAUGGCUUAUUCUAUGGAGGAAGCCAAGAUUGUGCGAAGCUAAAUUGGAGUGAGUAUUAUCUGAGAAUGGAAAGUAACAAAUCUCUACUUUGGAAAGUGGGAUUGGUGGUUUUGGCAUUGAUAGAGGGUUCUUAUUCAACACUAUCUCCUUCUGGUAUCAACUAUGAAGUUGUAGCUUUGAUGGCUAUAAAGAGUGAUUUACACGAUCCACAUGAAGUUUUGGAAAAUUGGGAUGCUAAUUCUGUAGAUCCUUGUAGUUGGAGGAUGGUUACUUGUUCCCCAGAUGGAUAUGUUUCUGCUUUAGGAUUACCUAGUCUGAGUUUGUCCGGAACCUUAUCAGCUGGAGUUGGGAACCUCACUAACUUGCAGUCUGUGUUGCUGCAAAACAAUGACAUUUGGGGUCCUAUUCCUGCUGCAAUUGGGAAGUUACAGAAACUUCAGACACUUGAUCUCUCCAACAAUAAAUUUAAUGGUGAACUUUCGAGUUCUCUCGGGGACCUGAAGAGUUUGAAUUACCUACGCCUCAACAACAACAGCUUUACUGGAUCAAUUCCCGACUCUCUGUCUAAACUCGAAAGCCUCUCUCUGGUGGACCUAUCUUUCAAUAAUGUGAGUGGUCCCUUGCCAAAAGUUUCUGCUAGAACAUUCAAAAUAGUUGGCAAUCCAUUGAUUUGCGGGCAGAAUUCUGAAAACAAUUGUUCAGCCGUCUAUCCAGAACCGUUGUCCUUCCCUCCAGAUACAGUGAAAGGUCAAUCAGAAUCUGGUGUCAGAAGUCAUCAUGUUGCCGUUGCUUUUGGUUCAAGCUUCAGUGCAGCCUUAAUAGUUAUAGUUGUAAUUGGGUUGCUUGUUUGGUGGCGAUAUAGACACAAUCAGCAGAUUUUCUUUGAUGUUAAUGAUCAAUAUGAUUUAGAGGUAUGCUUGGGUCAUUUAAGAAGGUUUACUUUUAAGGAACUCCGAGCUGCAACCGACCAUUUCAGUUCAAAGAAUAUUUUGGGAAAGGGAGGGUUCGGGAUUGUGUACAAGGGCAGCUUAAGUGAUGGGACUGUGGUAGCUGUCAAAAGAUUGAAAGACUAUAAUGCUGUUGGCGGCGAAAUUCAGUUUCAGACAGAAGUAGAAACAAUUAGUCUUGCUGUUCAUCGGAACCUCCUCCGCCUUUGGGGUUUUUGCUCAACCGAAAAUGAGCGCCUUCUACGCCUUCUAGUCUAUCCGUUUAUGCCAAAUGGGAGUGUGGCCUCUAGAUUGAAAGAUCAUGUACAUGGACAGCCAGUAUUAGACUGGUUGAGGCGAAGAAGAAUAGCCUUAGGAACUGCGAGGGGGCUAGUAUAUUUGCACGAACAAUGUGACCCCAAAAUUAUCCAUCGUGAUGUCAAAGCAGCCAACAUUCUGUUGGACGAAGACUUUGAGGCGGUAGUUGGGGAUUUUGGAUUGGCAAAGCUAUUGGAUCACCGGGAUUCUCAUGUUACAACAGCUGUUCGUGGAACUGUUGGCCACAUUGCUCCUGAGUAUCUGUCAACAGGUCAAUCAUCAGAGAAAACCGAUGUGUUUGGGUUUGGAAUCUUACUUCUUGAGCUCAUCACGGGACAGAAGGCUGUGGAUUUUGGCCGGGGUACCAACCAGAAAGGUGUAAUGCUUGAUCGGGUGAAGAAGCUCCAUAAAGAUGGGAAACUGAAUCUUAUGGUGGACAAAGAUUUAAAGAACAAUUUCGACAAAGUUGAACUGGAAGAAAUUGUUCAAGUUGCGCUCCUUUGUACACAAUUCAAUCCUACACACCGUCCUAAGAUGUCUGAAGUUUUAAGGAUGUUGGAAGGCGAUGGCCUAGUCGAGAAAUGGGAUUCGUGCCAGACAGUCGACACUCCAAGGUAUCCUGCUUACGAAAAUCAUCCUCAGAAAUAUUCUGAAUUCAUUGAAGAAUCAUCUCUUGUGGUUGAGGCAAUGGAACUCUCUGGCCCAAGAUAACAGUCAGUUUUGUUUCUUUCUUCUGUAUACAUGUUCUUUUUUCUAUGCCAUUAAUUUUCUAAGCUUGAAAUGAGAAAUAUAGACUGUAACUAUCACCUGCAUGUAUUCAUCCUGUAAAAAGAAGAGAAAGCCAUGUACAUUCUGUGUUUUUUACCUCCAGCAUGCUAGAUUUUCGCAGUUGUGUCAAAAGGGUAAAGUGAAUGGCCCGAUACAGCCCUUUUUGUGGCAGGA